CAUGUUAUUGGUUAUAGUUAUUAAUAUUAUACAUAUAGUUUAAUAGAUUAAUAGUCUGUUCUUAUACCUUUGAACUUUUUUUUUUAUUCUUGAAAUGUUAUCGAAUGAACAUGAAGUAAUAUAUACAAGUGAAUCAGAAUUGAAAGAAAUACAUUAUUCUUCAAAAUGUAUGAAUAAUAUCGUUAAAAAUGAGGAGUUGGCAGUUACGAGAACCACUGCCAGCGAAAAUUGCAAAGCUCCAUAUCCAGUCGAUGAGAAUGAUGAAAACCUAGACGUAAAGAUUGAAAUUUCAGAGAUUUUUGUGGGAUGGGAUGAAAAUGGUUUGAACGAUAAUAAAAAAUUUCAGAUGAAAAUUGAAAAUGAUUCAAAGUAUGUUGUGAGAGAGGGGGAAGAGAUUCUUAGUUCCAACUUAAAAAAUGAAAAAAUUUAUGAAAAUGAAGUGAGUGAUUCUAGUAACAACUUAGACCAGAUUCAUUUUUCUGAUAAUGCUUCAGAAAGGAAAGUUGAUUCUGAAAUACCUCUGAAUGUUCACAGAGAAAUAGAUCAACAUGUUCAAGUAUUGAAGAAACAUAAAUGUACUUUGUGCAAUUAUGCAGCAAAUCUGAAAGUCUCACUCAAGAAUCAUAUAAAAUCUGUUCAUUUGAAUGAGAGGCAGUACAAAUGCGAGUUAUGUGAUUAUGCUACAAUUCGAAAAUGUCAUCUCCAAGAUCACAUAAAUUCUGUUCAUUUAAAAUUGAAGAAACAUAAAUGUACAUUUUGUGAUUAUGCUGCAAGUUCAAAAUAUAAUCUCAAAACUCAUCUAAAUUCUAUACAUUUGAAUAUAAGGCCGCACAAAUGUGACUUAUGUGAUUAUGCUGCGACUCAAAAAGAUUCUCUCAAAGAUCACGUAAAUUCUGUUCAUUUAAAGAUAAGAAAACAUAAAUGUGGUUUCUGUGAUUACGCUGCAAUACAAAAAAGUCAUCUCAAAGAUCACAUAAAUUCAUUACAUUUGAACUUGAGGAAACAUAAAUGUACAUUGUGUGAUUAUGCUGCAAAUUCAAAAACACACCUCCAAAAUCAUGUGAAUUCCAUUCAUUUGAACACAAAGCAGCACAAAUGUGAAUUCUGGGAUAAUGCUGAGACUCAAAAAGAUUCUCUCGAAGAUCACAUAAAUUCUUUUCAUCCAAACAUAAAGAAACAUAAAUGUGGUCUCUGUGAUUACGCUGCAAUUCAAAGCAGUCAUCUCAAAGAUCACAUAAAUUCGAUACAUUUGAACUUAAAGAAACACAAAUGUACAUUCUGUGAUUUUGCUGCAAAUUCAAAAUGGCACCUCCAAAAUCAUACAAAUUCCAUUCAUUUGAAUACAAAGCAGCACAAAUGUGACUUCUGUGAUUAUGCUGCCAAUAGAAAAGAUUACCUGAAAGAUCAUAUAAAUUUUGUUCAUUUGAAUGUGAAACAGCACAAAUGUCACUUAUGUGAUUAUGCUGCGACUCAAAAAAUUACUCUCAAGAAUCACGUAAAUUCUGUUCAUUUAAAUAUAAAGGAAUAUAAAUGUGACUUUUGUGAUUAUGCUGCAAGUCAAAAAGGGAACCUCAAAACUCAUCUAAAUUCCGUUCAUUUGAAUGUGAAGUAUCAAUGUGACUUAUGUGAUUAUGCUGUGACUAAAAAGAGGUCUCUCAAAGAUCAUGUAAAUUCUGUUCAUUUAAACAUAAAGAAACAUUGAACUACUCAAUUCACCCAAGGAGCAUGUAGGAUGUUGCUACACACUACUUUGAAGUUGAUCUUCAAAAUAAUUGAAAAAUCUAUAGGGUAUAACAAACCAGCAUUCCUCUGUUUUAUAGACUUGGAAAAGGCUUGAUUAGACCAGACGUGAUUAAAUGAUGUGGUUCAUCUCCCCCACAAAAGACAAAUUUCUAGCAAUAUCAAAACAAUAGAUGAUAUUCGUCGUAAAAACCACAUACAGGCAAAGAUAGAUAACAAGUUUACCGAAUCCAUAAUACUGGGAAAAGAGAGGAAAGAGCAUCUAGGUUCUGCUAAUUCAAGUUUGAUGCAAUUUUUCUCAAAUUAUACAUUUUCUGUAAAGAAGGAUGUUGAAAAAAAAUUAAAUGAUAACAGAACAGAAAUGCUGUAAUAUUCGAGCAAACAAUCAUUAUUUCCUAAUAACCUUGCCCUCCUCAAGAGAAUUUUGGAAAUUUAUCAUUAUUUCUCUUUUAGUUUUUAUAGACUAAACUUUUAAGGACGAUAGGUAUGCAUUAAUUUUACAAACCCUUUAUGAAAAAUGCUCUAAAAACUCGAUUAAUUCAAACUUCUAAUCACGUGAUAAGAUAUGAACUGGAUUGGACGAAGUUUGGGACCAGCAGGUUCGUUUUCGUUCAUUUUAAUGUUUAGUUGCAAUUUUCGAAAUCGCAUCAGUUAUUUUGAGUUUGAACAGAUUCGUUUUCUCCAUUGAAAAUUAAUUUUGAACAUUUACUUCUAACCUGAAAUUUCUAUGGAUGGCUAUAGUAGGAAUGAAAUUAAUCAAAGUAAUCAUUACACGGAAAUGCUUUCAAAAAAUAGUAUUAGCACAGAUUACUCUGUGGUAUUAGGUACCUACAGUCCAUUCAGGAUUACUUAUAGAUUUUGAGGAGAUGUAGAUUUUACCAAUUUAAGUUUGUAAUAUUCAUUUAUAUUAUAUGUAGAUAAUAUGUAAAUAUAUGAUGAAAUGCUGUAA